CUCCGGUAACUGGAGUGUCUGCAGAUCCUCCCCCAGUACCCGCAGCGGAGCCAGAGGCCAGGCGAUCCUGCGAGUGAGAUCCCGGACAGGAGGAGGACCUCCUUUGACACACAAACAUGGAUCUGGAGGCCAAAGUGAAGAAGUCUGUUUCAGCUGCGCCUGUGCCUACCUAAAAAAAAAAAGGAUGAGGGCAGGGCAAGUUCGGGCGAGAUAUGACACUUCUUCCUGUCUCAGGAAGUUCAACUUUAUUAAGCCUUUGUGGUUUAGGAGCACUGAUGUGACUUUGACAGUUCAGACCUCCUUCCCUCCCAUCUUGGCGGAGCGUGUCUCUCAAAAAUGGGCUUAGGUCAUGAGCAAGGAUUUGGAGCUCCCUGUUUAAAAUGCAAAGAAAAAUGUGAAGGAUUCGAACUACACUUCUGGAGAAAAAUAUGUCGUAACUGCAAGUGUGGCCAAGAAGAGCAUGACGUCCUCUUGAGCAAUGAAGAGGAUCGAAAAGUGGGAAAACUUUUUGAAGACACCAAAUAUACCACCCUGAUUGCCAAGCUAAAAACAGAUGGAAUUCCCAUGUAUAAACGCAAUGUUAUGAUACUGACCAAUCCAGUUGCUGCCAAGAAGAACGUCUCCAUCAAUACAGUUACCUACGAGUGGGCUCCUCCCGUCCAGAAUCAGGCAUUGGCCAGGCAAUACAUGCAGAUGCUGCCGAAGGAGAAGCAGCCCGUGGCAGGCUCAGAGGGGGCACAGUACCGAAAGAAGCAGCUGGCAAAGCAGCUCCCUGCACACGAUCAAGACCCUUCAAAGUGCCAUGAGUUGUCUCCCAAAGAGGUGAAGGAGAUGGAACAGUUUGUGAAGAAAUAUAAGAGUGAGGCUCUGGGAGUAGGAGAUGUCAAACUUCCCCGUGAGAUGGACACGCAAGGCCCCAACAGAAUGCUCCUCCCUGGAGGGGACAGAAGCACCACGGCAGCAGUGGGGGCCAUGGAGGGCAAAUCGGCCGAACACAAAAGAACUCAGUAUUCCUGCUACUGCUGCAAACUGAGUAUGAAGGAGGGUGACCCAGCCAUCUACGCUGAAAGAGCCGGCUAUGAUAAACUGUGGCACCCGGCUUGUUUCGUCUGCAGUGCCUGCCAGGAACUCCUGGUCGACAUGAUUUAUUUCUGGAAGAAUGGGAAGCUAUACUGUGGCAGACAUUACUGUGACAGUGAGAAACCACGAUGUGCUGGCUGUGAUGAGUUAAUAUUCAGCAAUGAGUACACCCAGGCAGAAAACCAAAAUUGGCAUUUGAAACACUUCUGCUGCUUUGACUGUGACAACAUCCUAGCUGGGGAAAUAUACGUGAUGGUCAAUGACAAGCCCGUGUGUAAGCCCUGCUAUGUGAAGAAUCAUGCUGUGGUUUGUCAAGGAUGCCACAAUGCCAUUGAUCCUGAAGUGCAGCGAGUGACCUAUAACAACUUCAGCUGGCAUGCGUCCACAGAGUGCUUUUUGUGUUCCUGCUGCAGCAAGUGUCUCAUUGGGCAGAAGUUCAUGCCAGUAGAAGGGAUGGUUUUCUGUUCAGUGGAGUGUAAGAAGAUGAUGUCUUAAGAGGAAAGAACCAAGCAAUAUUGAGCCAUAGCUAUCCUAAGUGGUCUGCAUUUCUGCUGUAAAAUGCAAUUUGGAAAAAAUAAACGGAAAAAAAAAAGGAACUGUAAAGGAAACCAGGAGAUUUUGUUCAGUAUCUUUCUUUGCUGUUUUUCCUUAUCAUAUUUUUCAUCUCAAUUUUUAAAACCUGCUUAAGCAUUUGAUUUUUAAGACAGUAAAGAACUGUUAUCUUUGCUUAGCUUUCCAUAUGUAAAAUCUUGGAGGUGGAAGCUUGAGAUUUAAUUAAUCUUCAUGUGCCUAUCCCUCUUGUGCCAAACACAGUAUAUAUGAACAUUUAAAAAAUAGUGUUGUUGAAUGGAAAGAUGCGCAUUUUCUAGUUCUGUAUUCUUUUCCCCCCUCCUGUGUAAAAUGAAAGGAAAUUAAACUUGCCCUAAUGCCAAGGCUUUACAUUUGUUGCCUUAUCUUAUUCACUGAACUUUGUAGUGAUUCACAGUGAAUUGUUUUGACAGAAAAUAGAAAUGCAGCAUAGUAUGGAGAGCUGUUAUCAUUUUAAUGCCUUUGCUAUUUUCUAAUUUAGGCAGAGGUGGUUUUAUUGCAUUUAUUUUCCUUUUUAUUUUUCUUUCUUUUCUUUUCUUUUUUUUUCUUCUUUUUUUACUUGCCCUACCUCUCAGCAUUCUCUUUGUCAGCUGGUGACCUCUGUCUGUGGCCUUAAGCACAAUAUUGUCACAUGUGACAUCCACACAUCUUCUAUAGAUGAUUUUUGGCUUAGACAUAAAAGCCAAGCCAUUCAUUUAUAUUAUGUUUUCAAUCCAAAGAACAUGUAUACUUUUUGUACCCAAAAAACUAUAACUUGUACUGAUUGCACUUGCCUACCAUUGUUUGGAUAGAUUUUUUGCAUGAACCCAUUCUUUUCUAAUGGAUACUGUCCUACAACGCUACUAAGCCUGUUCAAGGAUAUGUAUUGAAUGUCUUCUUUGACUGUAUACUUCCAUGCCUAGAUAUUUCUGUUUAUUUUUCCCUAUAUACUUCCAUACAAGGCUAUGCAAUAUAAAAAUGAAACUGAAUGAAUGAUAUGUAUAUUCAAAAUAAAGUCAUUUUCACUUCAA